GUGAAGUAUUAACUUAGGGCAGGUUUUCCGCCUUCAGGAAGCGUGAGACUUCUCCCGGCACUUGCCGUAGCUUGAUUUUGGGGCUAUAGGCGAUAUCGACGACAAGCAACGUCCGACGACCUCAAGACACCUCGGAACUUUGCAACAUGACCAAGAAAAGAAGAAAUGGCGGCCGUAACAAGAAGGGCCGUGGCCACGUCGGUUUCGUUCGUUGCUCGAACUGCUCGCGUUGCGUCGCAAAAGAUAAGGCCAUCAAGCGCUUCACAGUGAGGAACAUGGUUGAGAGCGCGGCUGUUCGGGAUAUCAGCGAAGCCAGUGUCUACCCAGAAUACGUGAUUCCAAAACUAUACAUCAAAAUCGCAUACUGUGUAUCCUGCGCUAUUCACUCGCAUGUUGUACGUGUACGGUCACGCGAGGGCCGCCGCAACCGCGCCCCUCCCCCACGAGUCCGGUGGAAAGAUGGCAAGAAGGUGAACCCUGCAGUUGCUGCUGCAGAGGAUGCCAAGGCAGCUGCCGCAGGCAAGGCAUGAAGCUGUGCGAAGUUAUCACUUUAUGUUUUUCGCAGUGUACCUUUCCUGUGUUUUCCUAUCCAAUUCAUCCGCCAUCGCAAUGAAGUCAGCUGCGUGCCCGUCAUGGUUUAAACGUCAUCGGCGGUGAUCCUUGCGGCUUUUUUUUUUUUCGAGACGUCGC